AAAGGAGUUGACUCAGGGAUUAUGAACAAUAUAUACGAGCGCCUGAACUCGGCUUCCGUCUGACUAUCCGAUCAAGAUCCCAUUCGCGUCUGCUAAGUCGAUUCCAGAGGUCUAGGAGUGAGAACGUGACUGCUAACGUGCGGGAAACCAAGUGUCGAGAACUCAUGCGUUCCAAAUUUUGAAUUGACGGAGGGCGGUCCUGUGGCCUUGACGACACCAUGGGCCCAAUCCAUCCAGACCCAAUUCUUAAGGUGCUCGGAGCUCUCCCCUCCGCCGAUCGCAGAUCGAAGGCGUAAAUCGCUCGGCUAGCCUGUGUUGUACCCUUGGAGCACAUGGGGACGUUGGCUCUAGCUCCAAUUUUUUGACGAGAUCGGUGACGAGCGAGUAACACUAUCGUGAAUAGAGGAGGCUGUCGGUGAGCCAAAUUCCGCAACUACACGGAUUCCUAGUCGGGAGAUCUCAAACCUUGAAUUGAAUACGAUUCGGACGUGAUGACGAUGGUCGCUGAUUCCUUCCGAAACUACGGCCGUGUGAUGUAGUCGGAUACUUCCUUGAGCCUGUCCUCGUUCUUUGGAAGAGAGCCGCACAGCGGGAGCACAUUGUGGCAUCUUUUUCACAAGAUGGCGGAGACUGGAAAUCGGCGCGACGAUUGCAGCUCGCUAAACAGCAGUUGUCCCUCUUCGCACCCCAGCUAUGAAGAGGGCAUUCACGUCCAUCAAGUGGAGGAAAGAAUCGAUGCUGUCGACUCAUUCAGCAGUAGCGAUCUCGUUGAUCUCCUCGGAGAAGAAGCGGUACCCGAGGUGAAAAGCGGUUGGAUCGGUGCGGUAUUCCUCAUCGUCAAUGCGGCUCUCGGUGCGGGACUGCUCGAUUUUCCGGAAGCGUACGAUAGAGCGGGCGGUAUAUUGAUCUCCAUGAUCAUACAAGCAUUCCUGCUAUUUUUCGCGGUCAUAUCCUUGCUCAUCUUGGUUUUUUGUGCAAACAAGCAUUCUUGCUCGACGUAUCAAGAGGUGAUACUCCGAACAUGUGGGAGGCGAAUGGAGAGAUUGUGCUCAAUGUUCAUCGCUCUCUAUUGUUAUGGGACUUGCAUAACCUUCAUCAUCAUCAUCGGUGAUCUGUCGGACCGGUCGUUCGCCUCCUUGUACGGUCCCUCUUUUUGCGAUCACUGGUACAUGACGCGUCACUACGUUGUUAUUGCUAUUGGGGUUCUCUUCAUUCUCCCAUUGUGCUUCCCGAGACGAAUCGACUUCUUGAAAUGGCCGAGCUCCCUCGGAGUAAUCGCUGUUUUCUAUAUCGUCGGCUUGGUGGUUUACGAGUACUACAUGGGUGGCUUCCCAGCACCGCCCGGUGUCAAAACUGCGCCGGAUCACUGGGAAGAUGUACUCUCGGUUAUCCCGGUCAUCUGCUUCGGAUAUCAGUGCCACGUGAGCUCCAUCCCGAUUUAUGCCUGCAUGGAGGACAAGAAGGUGUCGACUUUUGCGAAGUCGAUCCUCUCUGCCAUCUUGAUCUGCGGCUCAGUGUAUUCAAUCGCUGGUGUCUAUGGCUACCUGACUUUCGGCACCAGUGUCGUCGCCGACAUAUUGACAGCGUAUAAUCCGUCGCACUCAAUAGUUCUGAUCGGUUUCGUCGCGCUGGGCCUCAAGAUCAUAACCACGUACCCAAUUCUGAUGUAUUGCGGAAGAUCGGCGGUGGAUGACCUCCUGCCUCCGUGCUCAGGGGCGGGUAUAGCUCAGGCUCGAUUCGCCAAGCGCAUAAUCUUGUCCCUGGCGUGGUUCUGGUCGACGCUGCUGAUAGCAUACUCAUUGCCCAACAUAGAUGUCGCUAUAUCGUGCAUAGGCUCAAUGGCCGCCCUGUUCAUCUUCGUCUUCCCCGCAACCGCCUUACUCUGCACAGUGGCUCGAAAUGAUCCUCUGUAUCGAGAAUGGAAGACCCGAGCGAUAAUCGGCUAUUCCUUCUUCAACGCCGCUCUGGGAACAUUCAUAUUCGGUCAGGUCUUGUCCAAGUCCAUAUGGCAAUUUUAUUCUGGCGCGAAUAACAACGACAAGCCGUCCCCCUGCGGUUGAGGUAGAGCCUGUAAACCAUUCAGGUUACCCUCUAUGGGAUGUCGGACCUUGUUGAAAUCGUCAUAGUCAGGCAAUACUCGCGAUGAGAUUCGCCCUGUCCUUAGCAACGGUACUCAUACAUGAAUCGCCGAGCGUGCGGCCCUGAGCCAUUCCACGAUUGGAUGUGGGAAGAGAAGACUUAUUCGGCCGAGCUAAUGGUGUUCUUCGCGGGUUGCCUGACUUUGUAAAUAUCCCCUUCACUCGUGUCAACAGGUAUGACGUGAAAAAAGACCCUCGCUCGGCCCCUUUUUGUAUUGCUCGAGCUGUGCUGUCGAAACGCUUCUCGAGGCGAAGAUUACGAGUGUGGUGAAGGGAUGGUGAAGCCUUCCGACGAUUCUGAAUAAAAAUGUUCGC